CACAAGUCUUUAUUACUUUAUUAUUUUCAUGAAAGACUUAAAGAACAAACAACAAAAUCUUGAUUUUACUGCAUUUGCUGUUGAUCAAUCUGAGCAGAUCUACUGAUGCAAUUCCUGUGGGUAAAAAAACAUUUCUAAACACAUAUACACACUCAGUUUUGUUGUAUCUAUCUUCAUACAUAGAUACAUAGAAAGAUGAAUAUAUUCAGAUUAGCUGGAGAUAUGACCCAUCUGGCCAGUGUUCUUGUUUUGCUUCUCAAGAUCCACACUAUUAAAUCUUGUGCUGGCGUUUCACUGAAGACUCAAGAGCUCUUGGCUCUUGUUUUCGCUACUCGCUACGUGGAUCUAUUUACUAAUUAUGUCUCGCUCUACAAUAGUGUAAUGAAGAUAAUCUUCCUAGGGAGCUCCUUCUCAAUUGUUUGGUACAUGAGGCGCCACAAGAUUGUGCGCAGAUCCUAUGAUAAAGACCAAGACACAUUUCGCCACUACUUUCUUCUGCUGCCAGCUUUGAUUUUGGCCCUAAUUAUACAUGAAAAGUUCACUUUCAAAGAGGUAUUGUGGACGUUUUCUAUAUUUUUGGAAGCUGUCGCCAUACUUCCUCAGCUAGUGUUACUGCAAAGGACAAGAAAUAUUGACAAUUUAACUGGGCAAUAUGUGUUUCUCCUUGGUGCAUAUAGAGCAUUCUACAUCCUGAAUUGGGUAUAUCGCUACUUCACUGAACCACACUUUGUUCAUUGGAUAACUUGGAUAGCUGGGCUCGUUCAGACACUACUAUAUGCUGAUUUCUUCUAUUACUAUUUCCAGAGCUGGAAGAACAAUGCAAAGCUUCAGUUACCAGCAUAAACUCCGACUAGUUCUUCUCUGCUGACCAACAUUGUCGAAGAAGCAUACACGAAUAUGCAUGUGUUUAGUUGCAGGUCUCUGUCUAGCACUUUUAUGUUGUUUCUUGUCAACUUUUGGUGCUCUUAGCAAGCCUGUAAACCAUGUUUAUUUUUGUUUACCCAUUAACUUGGGUGGGGGGAGGUAUAAUACUAGAAAAGCUACCAAACGGACACUUAUCAUGACCAAUGUUGUUUAUUACAAUCCAUUUAGCUUGAAGUAGUUAAUCUUUUGAAA